UUCGGCGAAGCGAUGCAGGCUAUUGCCGAUUACGCUCGACAACUUCUCCUCGAUCAAGCCAAAAUCAAUUCGUUUAUCACGUAUCUGAAAGGCUUUUGGCUACGAAAUGCGGACACCGUUUCCAUGUUCGGUUCGAGUAUUCGAACAAACAAUAUAGCUGAGUCAUGCCACCGUCACAUUCUCAGACGACUCGGUGAUAUUCAUCCAUCCAUAUCGAUGUUCAUUCCCCGACUUGCCAAUUAUAUCAAGAAGACUGAACUGGAUUGGCAAGAGAUGGACCAAGGGGGUGCUACUCUAUUACCACCGUCAAGCUACACAACGAUCAAAAGAUCAGCAUAUUCAGCACUUACAGGCGAUGCUACAAUCGAAUCGGAUAAACAUUUUAGAUUUCCUCAUUAUGAGUGUACCCCGUAACGAACAAGAAGAAAUCAACGCGCGAUUAGAUUUACAAGAAGCCGAUGAAAUUGAAUUUGGUGCCGAGGAAGCAGAAAUAGAGAGAGAUUUGCUUGGUCCCGCAGACCCGAUCGAAGCCAAUCAUCAAGAAAAUGUUGUACAACCCUACAGAGGUAAUUAUUAUAAGCAUCC